CCCGAAAGAGAGAGGGGGCAGAAAGAGCCUGAACAGUUACUCAUUCUCAAUGGGAAAGAGGAAGCGGCAGGGACGGGACACACGCGACUCCGCUUCGUAAGAACCCGAACCCGAACCCGCAGCGCGAUCGGGAAGGCGUUGAGUGACAGCCCGAGACUCGGUCCUGCCGAGGGUGGCCGGAACCGCUAAUAGCAUUUAUGUGUCUACUACAACUUAUUUUAGCUGUGUAAAUGAGAGCGGAUCUUUUAAACGUAAAGAAAAGCAGUCAUGCUCCAAAGAAAAUCUGAAUCGAUGCUUCACCCCAAAAAGACACACAGGCUGCAGCACGCGUGAGCAUGUGCGCCGCACGCAAGCGCAUGCACCUGCAGACGCCGUGAGGUCGCAGAGUUUGCGAGCCGAGAGCUUCCCACUUCUUUUUUCAUAUUUAAAGUUUUAUGAAUUAAACCUGCUUUCAAGCCAGCGAUUCAGAAACCACAACGCAAAAGCAGCCAUGACGUCGGCCACGCCCCCGGCCUCGCGGGGCUCCUCCCCUCAGAAGGUGUGCCAGUCACAGACGACGCAGACGGAGGCGCUGAAGCCGCUGCUGGGCGGGGCCGCCGCAGUGCGGAGGCGGAGACGCGUGCUCUCCAAAGACGGCCGGAGCAACGUGCGCAUCGACCACGUGAGCGGCCGGGGGGCGCUGUACCUGCGCGACCUCUGGACCACCUUUCUGGACAUGCAGUGGCGCUACAAGCUCUUCCUGUUCUCCGCCACCUUCGCCGGGACCUGGUUCCUCUUCGGCCUGCUGUGGUACCUGGUGGCUCUCGUCCACGGCGACCUGCUGGAGUUUGAUCCUCCCUCGAACCACACGCCGUGUGUGAUGCAGGUGCAGACUCUGACCGGCGCCUUCCUCUUCUCGCUGGAGUCUCAGACCACCAUCGGCUACGGCUUCCGCUGCAUCACUGAGGAGUGUCCCGCCGCCAUCCUGCUGCUCAUCCUGCAGCUCGUCAUCACCAUGGUGAUGGAGAUCUUCAUCACCGGCACCUUCCUCGCCAAGGUGGCUCGGCCUAAGAAGCGCGGGGAGACGGUGAAGUUCAGCCAGCACGCCGUGGUGUCCAGCCACGAGGGCCGACCCUGCCUCAUGAUCCGUGUGGCCAACAUGCGCAAGAGCCUGCUGCUGGGCUGCCAGGUGACGGGGAAGCUCCUGCAGACGUCUCUGACUCAGGAAGGUGAGACGGUGCGUCUGGAUCAGAGGAACGUCCCUUUCCAGGUGGACACCUCCAGCGACAGCCCCUUCCUCAUCCUCCCCCUCACCUUCUACCACGUCAUCGACGACAGCAGCCCUCUGCGCGCCUGGGCUGCCAAGGGCGGGGGAUGGACGGACCCUGAGCUCGCCGACUUCGAGCUGCUGGUGAUUAUGAGCGCCACGGUGGAGCCCACCUCUGCCACCUGUCAGGUGCGCACGUCCUACCUGCCGGACGAGAUCCUGUGGGGGUACGAGUUUCCCCCUGUGGUCUCCCUCUCCCCCUCCGGGAAGUACGUGGCAGACUUCUCCUUCUUUGACAAAGUGGCCAAGACCAAGACCCCACCCCUCUUCAAACAGGCCCCGCCCUCCAGCCCGCCUCCACACCGUUACCCUGGCAGCAGAGGGGGCGUGGUGGAGGGGGCGGAUCCAGAGAAGCUGCGUCUGGAGCAGAGCUACAGGGAGAGAGGAGAGGAGAGAGGCAGGGUGAGAGACAGCAGCCCUCUCAGUGUCCGAAUCAGCAACGUAUAG